AUGGAAAACGAGACUAGAAGGAGAGACGACAACCCCGACGACGUCGGGAAAGCAGAUGCGAAGGAGAUCGUCGCCGACCUUCUUUGCGACGAGAAGGUGACAGCCGAGACGUCACCGGCCUUCUUUGAGACGACGACGACAGACGAAAAACAAGAGAACGGGACGACGACGCCGGAAAGCAAGCGCCGCACAGCAAACGAGAAAACGAAGACGAAUGGGUUUAGGGUUGGGAGGAGUUUCUUUUUUCUCUCGUUCCUUUAUUAA